AUGCUUCAUAACAUCGGGCUUCAGCUGCGGGCAAGUCCACAACUCUAUGAGCAGUUUCGUCAGUCUCAACGUAAGGAAUCCGGCAAGGAAUCCACGCUCCACUGGGUCUUUAACAACGCCACCAGGUGGGACUCGGACAUGCGUAUGAUGGAGAGAGCCCUUGUCCUCCGGCCGGCGCUCAAUACCUUUUUCAACGACGUUCAGAACCGGUGGGAGACGGAGAGCGCUAGCGAGAACACGAAGCCAGCAGUUCUACAGUACCGGUUAAGUGCGUAUGACUGGAAGGUCAUCGAGAUACUUGUCAAGCUUCUGAAACCGUUCGAAAUCGCCACAAAACAACUUCAGGGAAGCGGUAUUCCCGGAACGAGGUCCACUUGUGGAAGUUUCGAUGAAUACUUCCCUGUCUUCGAGAUCCUCCUUGAUCACCUUGAAAGCGCCAUUGAAGGUACAAUAUUGGAAGAGGUUGAGGAUCCAGUGAGCAAGGAGAAGAGGGAUGUCGAAGUUGCCAUCUUCGACGGACUUGACAACAAAACUCGGAAAUUGCUCAAGGUCUUUAUCAAGCUUGGAUGGAAGAAGUUGCAUAAAUACUACAACCGUCUGACUAGCGCCGCCUAUGUAGGCGCUGUUGUUUUCAACCCGGCGAAGAAAUGGAGUCUUCUAGAUCGACUUUGGUCUCGGGUACCGUCCCGAAAGACCAAGACUUGGCGAUCGGAGUACGAAGAAAAACUGUUGGAGAUCUGGGAGAGGUAUAAAGAGCGCGAAGUUGGCUGUGAGGUGUUCGCUUCGACUGACGGGGCCUCGAUGGAUUACAUCGAGCGGAGGCUUGCAAGGAGUGUAGCUGGACCACCAGGUACGCAGACUUCGCCCUUUGCAGCGUCCUCGCGCGGGGGCAAGAGCACCCGAAAGGCAAAACAGUCGGCAGCGGGAGUGAUGGCUGACGAUGAAUAUGCUCGGUACUGCGCUGAGGAUGUUGUAAACAGUCACCACUACAGGAGCAGGCCGAUUGACUGGUGGAAAAUUAACGGUCAUCGGUACCCGCGACUGUCUCUAAUGGCAGUUGAUAUGCUGACUAUUCCAUCGUCUUCCGCGGAGAGCGAGAGGACGUUUAGCAGCUCUGGACGUAUGAUGGUGCCGUUGCGGAGCCGACUGAGGAGGGAGAUAGUGGCGAUGGCUCAAUGCAUUCGAUCAUGGAGUAAAGCUGGGAUCUACACACCUUCUUUGCCGCUUCUUAGCCUCAGUGAAGAUACCUGGGCUGACAUCCUUGUGUCGCUCAAGGGGACGGGUGACAUUUAA